AUGGCGGCGACCGCCGUGAAAUCACCUCUCAACACUUCCAUAGCCCAGAAACUGAACCCUAAGCUCUCGUAUUCAAGCCAUGUUUCGUUCUCCACUAUUAACCUCCCGAAACGGCGUCGCAAGUUCCCUCAUCAAGCAUGCAAUACCAUCAGCGGCGGCGGAGAAAGCAACUCCGACCGGAAUGGUGGCGUAGCCAAGAAGAAUGCUGUGAACGCAAUUGAAAUGCACAAGCUCAUCGAGGACGAUCCAAAGGAAGCAUCCGCCGCUCUUCCAAGGCCUUUGACGUCGGCUUCUUUGUCCCACUCUGCUUCGGAAGGAUCUCGGCUUCGUGUUGCUUAUCAGGGGGUGCGAGGUGCAUAUAGUGAGUCUGCAGCAGAGAAGGCUUACCCCAAUUGUGAAGCAGUUCCUUGUGAACAAUUCGAUACUGCCUUUGAAGCUGUUGAAAGGUGGCUUGUAGAUAGAGCAGUUUUACCUAUCGAGAAUUCUUUAGGAGGAAGCAUUCACAGGAACUAUGAUCUCUUACUGCGUCACAGAUUGCAUAUUGUUGGAGAAGUUAAACUUGCGAUUAGACAUUGUCUGUUAGCUAACCAUGGUGCUAAGAUUGAGGACCUGAAUAGGGUUCUUAGCCAUCCACAGGCUCUUGCACAAUGUGAGAACACUCUAACAAAGUGGGGCCUGGUACGAGAAGCUGUUGAUGAUACUGCUGGUGCGGCCAAGUUUAUUGCUUUCCACAAUAUCAAAGAUGCCGGAGCAGUUGCUAGUGAGACUGCCGGUAAGAUCUAUGGCUUGGAUGUUCUUGCACGAGAUAUACAGGAUGAUUCUGAUAAUAUCACUCGCUUUCUUAUGUUGGCUCGGGAGCCUAUCAUUCCUGGUGUUGACAAGCCUUUCAAGACAAGUAUUGUCUUCUCGCUUGAGGAAGGACCGGGGGUGCUUUUCAAGGCUCUUGCUGUUUUUGCAAUGAGGAGCAUCAACCUGACUAAGAUUGAAAGCCGACCUUUACAGAAGCAGGCUUUACGAGAAUUAGUUCAUAGUACUUCUGGGUUGCCAAAGUAUGGAAACUUCCCCUAUCUUUUCUAUGUCGAUUUUGAAGCAUCUAUGGCUGAUCAAAGGGCCCAAAAUGCACUUGGCCAUCUAGAGGAGUUCGCUACGUUCUUGAGAGUGCUGGGAAGUUAUCCUGCAGACACUGGCAUCCCAUGAGUAACCCUUGCACCUGGUAAUACCUCCAUUGAUUAAAUUACGUGAUCAAAUUCAGGACUUUUUCUUGCUCUUCUUGUUUGACUUUGAGAUAUAUGUUUAUCAUGAUACCUUACGGUAACUAUUUUUGUAGCUAUUGUUAUUAAGGAUGGAAAAAUUGGAGUUCUCGAAGUGUCAAUGUUUGUUGGAUACUUAUGCUGUGAAAGCUUUGUGAAAAUUGGCUUAAGGACUGAUUGGAGAAUUCAGAUAGUUGCUAUGAUUAUUUUGGUUUUUGAAAACAAGAUUGGUUGAUAGAGAUGCGAGUAAACAGGAGUUAUAGGCAUCUAUGUCUUUUUAGGACUAUAUGAAAAGGUAUUGUAAGAAGUAUAAUUAGUUCUAGAGUGGCUUAGUGCCGUUGCGUGCUUCAAAGUGCUUUUGUCAUCCAUAGGAGAUAACGGUAGUAGGUUUUGAAAUGAAGUUGUGGCUUAACUUCAAAAAGGAAUUUGUGAGAGAUUCAUAUAACGAGAAAAGAUGAUUGGAGUGCCGUCGGGGCUCUUAAAAAUGAAAAGAUACAUCUUUCUGAGGCUAAAUGGUGACGGAUUACCCAGGACCUUAGAAUGAGGUAUAUUGUAUGGGAAAAGGCUUCUCCUGGAAACACAUUGAAUAAAAACUAGAAACUAGAGGGAGUUGUGGUCGAUCUUUGUUGCCUGUGUAUUAAGGAGAGUAAUCGCUCUUUAAGGUUUGGAUGUGUGUAUGUGUAGAUGGGUGAGCAAGUAUUGGUCCGCAAAGCCCUUAUGCAACAUUGAUGAUCUUGUGUACAGCUUGUUUUUCUGUGUAUAACCAUUCAAGAGGAUUGAACAUCUUUUUGUUCUUCUUUUCUCUUGUGCUGGAGUAGUUGUAGUCUUUCCUUGUACUUGUUAUCCUUUCAAAUCUUAAUUCCUCCUUGUCAACAACUUCAACUGUUACGCAGGAACUUGAGCAUGCGGCCCGAAGAAUUAAUGGAAUCGUUACGCAAAUAUUUGUACAAAUUUACACAUGGAGGCUAUUUCGGAGAUGUUUCCUAAGUUGGAGGCAACCAUCUCAAUUCUUUCCCUACUACAUUUUGGUUCAUGUUCUUUAUCCUAUUUAUGCUCUUUUCAUCUUUUCAGAAUUCUGUUCUUAAAUGGAUGAACUUUCCUUUCCGGGUCUUGAUUGUUAGGGAAUUCCCAUUUCUGGUUAACCCCGCGUUCGUUAGAAAUUGAGAAUUUGUUUGGGACAAUGAUUGUAUUUUGUACUACUUCCUUCAUUUUUUACUUGUCAAGACAUUCUUGUAUAAUUUCGAAGCGUUGAAAAUGUAGUGUGGCGAUGAAUGGAAACCCUUUGAAUCUUCGCAAUUGAUUGUUGCACCUACCUAAUGGGAGACACUCAUGGGUUGGUAAAAAGGUGGGCAUUAAUCAUAUUGGUAGGCUAACUGGCUAAGGAGAUUUUUCCCAUUGGCAACAUGAGCUGGUAAAAC